AUGACUUUUUAUAAAGCAAAGCUUCAAGAAUUGGAUGCUGUUUUAGAUAAAUCUGAAAUUGAUUUAAAUGAAUUAAGGAAGCUCUGUUUUCAUGGUAUACCAGAUUCGCAAGGAAGAAGAGCCUUGUGUUGGAAAUUAUUACUUAAUUACUUGCCAUCAUCAAAAGUACAAUGGUUAUCAACUUUAAAUCAUUCUAGAAAUUUAUACAAGCAAUUUAUUGAGGAAAUGAUAGUUACUCCUGGAUUAUCGGGAUCAUCAUGCACCGAGGAAAUUUUAGACCAUCCAUUAAGCUUUAAUCCAGAUAGUCAAUGGCAAACUUUUUUUAAAGAUAAUGAAGUUUUGUCACAAAUUGAUAAGGAUGUGAGAAGAUUGUGCCCUGAUAUAUCAUUUUUCCAGCAAGAAUGUGAUUUUCCAUGUGAUUUAGUUGUUAGGAGUAAAGGUGUUAAAAGAUUGCAUAAAAGGGUACAAAGGACAGUUUUAAAAUCGGCCAAUGUCGAAAGGAAAGGAUUAGGAGUUACAAAGGUAAUUAAAAUAAUGUCAUUAUCGGUAAAAAAAGCAGUAGAGGAUUAUGCACCUUUGGAUGAAGGAUCAGAAGCUCAUUGGGAAGUUGUUGAAAGGAUUUUAUUUUUAUAUGCAAAAUUAAAUCCCGGUCAAGGAUAUGUUCAGGGAAUGAAUGAAAUUAUAGGGCCGAUAUAUUAUGCAUUCGCAUCAGAUCCUGAUAGUGCCUGGAGAGAACAUGCAGAAGCAGACAGUUUUUUUUGUUUUACCAAUUUGAUGGCGGAAAUCCGUGAUUUUUUUAUAAAAUCAUUGGACGAUGCCGAAAGCGGGAUAAAAGGAAUGAUGAUUAAACUAACUUCCGAACUUAAAAAAAAUGAUUAUCAGGUUUGGUCGAAAUUAAAUCAACAGGAACUCUGUCCCGAAUACUACAGUUUCAGGUGGAUCACUCUUCUUCUAUCCCAGGAAUUUCCACUUCCGGAUGUUUUACGAAUAUGGGAUUCAUUAUUUUCCGAUCCGAAUCGAUUUAGUUUUUUAAUACACAUUUGUUGCUCUAUGAUAUUGUUACUUCGUAAUCAGAUUUUACAAAAUGAAUUUUCCGCCAACGUGAAAAUUCUACAAAAUUUCCCACCCAUCGACGUACACGUGAUACUAUCAAAAGGAGCCGAAUUAGCAUUGAAAGAAAACAUUUAA